AUGUCUGGGACGGUGGAGGAGAUCUCGCUGGUGCACUGGAAGCAGCAGUGGCUGGAGAACGGGACGCUAUUCUUCCACGUGACGUUGACUGAGUCGGAGCUGCCUCCUGAGGCCACGCCCCCUUCUGCCCGAGAGCCCGCCCACGUGCACGAGCACAUGCACCUGCUGCACAUCUCUGUCAUGGUGAGUCACGGCUACGACGCUAGCUUCCCGCACUUUACACAUCAGCAUUGGCAGAGAGAGAAAAGCCCGUUAUCACAAAGUCCAGGACACUCUAAAGUCUGUCUUUGA